UUGUGAUCCGUUGAAGCGUGUUAUUGCGCUGCUGUCUGGUUCCGUCAAUAAGCCAUGGCUGCUUCUGCUUCUUCUUCUAGUUCUUCCCGGACUUACCAUGUGUACUUGAGCUUUGGAGGUGCAGAUAUGCGUCGCGGUUUCAUUUCUCAUCUUGAUAAGGCUCUGAAACAGAGAGGAAUCCAUGUUUUCCUGGACGAAAUAGAGAUUCAGAAGGGAGAUGAUAUCUCCGAGGAAUCAUUAGUGCAAUCAAUUGAAGCAUCACAAAUUGUUUUAGUAAUUUUUUCUCCAGAUUAUGCUUGUUGGCGACAUUGUCUGGAUGAACUGGUGAAAAUAAUGGAGUGUCAAAGAAGUCAAGGUCAGGUGGUUAUGCCCAUAUUCUAUCAAGUACAUCCAUCAGAUGUUUUUCAUCAGAAGGGCAAAUAUGGGGAAGCAAUGGAAGCACACAAGCAAAGGUUUGGAAGCGGGAGUGAUCAGGUUUUGCGGUGGAGGGAAGCACUGCUGCGCAUUGCCAACCUUCCCGGCUGGUAUCACGGAUACGACAGGUUGUUGGAUUCACCCCUUUCUAUUUCAUAAAUAAUUCUGUACUUUUUGGAACUACUUGGGACAUGUUUACUUCGCGUAAAUUCUUCAUUUUUGUAACUCUUUAGAGACAUGUUUCUCGGGACAUGCGGUCUUCUUUGGGUUCAUCUUAAUUCAGCUUCCGUCCUUCAUGCUUA